AUGCUGCCAGCACUCGCCUGUUCCAGUUUCACCUGCCACCGAGGGGUGGUGCGUGCUGAUGUUUUGUGUGCCGGUUCCUGUGUGGAAGAGAUCUGUUGCCACUCCACAACCCCGCUCUGCAAAUGUUCGGCACCCGAGCCUGUCCUGGGCACCUUCUGUGACACCGGAUCUGGGCAGACCUGUUUGAGCACGGAGAACCGAUCAUGGGAGUGCUUCCAAGAGGGCACCUUUUGUGUGCACGCGCCCACAGUGUGCUUUACCCGAGCGGAGAGGAACCAGCCAUGCAAUGCAGUGGUGGAAGAGGAAGAGUGCAACCGCCAAUUGGCUUGUGUAUAUUUACCACCCCGCCUCUCCCAUUCAUGGCAAUGCGAUGCUGCACCAGGACAGAGGCCUGUGGUCCAAGCUGAUUGUUCCACCAGGAGCACGAAGCAAGAGUGCGAAGCACAAUGGGAAUGUCAGUGGCAACUGGUGGAGACCAAUCAAACGGACCAAAAGCCCUGCAAGAAUUGGGGCCUCUAUACAGGCUGUGUUGGCCGCUAUGAACUCUUUGAUGAAAGAUGCGAAGGACAUGAUCGGAGGGCGUGUUUGCAAGAUGCUCAAGUUUGUGAGUACAAAGAUACUUGCGACUGCCUUCCUGGAUUUUGGGGUGAGAGGUGUGAGAAGGAGAUUGCCCAGUUUCAGAGCAACUUCACUGAGUCCUGCAAUGGAGUGAACGCUCCCACUUGCAGGGGCUUAGUGUACAUGGCUGCUGCGGAUAUCGACCAUUGCUCAGAGAAUGCUACGUGCCAUGAGUGGGAAGACAUCAAAGAUGUGGUUGGGGCCCUCUUGGCAGCGGAGCUAGCAACUAUGAUUGUGGACAUUCUGGGCUUUUGCUUACAGGUGUUGCUGUUGUGCUGGUUUUGCUGGCUUUCGGCCCACAUCAGAGAGUUGAAAAAGAGAUCGGAAGAGCUGCAGACAUCGCUGGACGAUUGUGAGCAGAAAUCGCUGGUCGAUCAUGAGCUGAACUCGCUGGUGGAACGGAACAAAGAAAAGAGGCGGAUUGCGGUUUGUUCCUUCGUCCUUUUGUUUCUGGAAGAUGUUGUUUUGGAAAUCAUUGUUGUGAGCAAAGUGGUGAAUGCCUCAUAUGUUUUCGACAACGUCAAGGCCGCACAUUGCUUUCCCCAGGGAGCUGCCUACGAUACCAUCAAAGACUUAACCGAGACCACACAGCGUAUUAGAGAAUAUGCAAUAGUAAAUAUUGUCUUUGCUUGCAUUGGCGGUUUUGGAGAACUCCUUCAAAUUUGUAUGGAAGUGGAGAUACUUGGCGAUGAUCUGAGGACAACGAGCAAGAUGCGUUGGUUCCUGUGCGGGUGGGCCUUGUCCAUGCUAGGUAACAUUGUGGAGCUCAUUUUUAGCAUCGUGAACUUUGCUGAUCAGACCCAGAAAUUGGUUAUCGACCUGAACAGCCUUGAGCAAAAGAUUGUUGGAGAGGUUCCUUUGGAGGAGACCGAUCGAGUGUGCUUCCUUCGGCACCCUGAACUGCCUCAGGUCAGCGCCGUUGAGGUUGCAAGCCAACUUGAGUUCAUUUUCGUACCUCUUGUGGUCGCCUUUGGACUGGUGCUGCUGGCAAUUCCGCUCUGGUACAACAUCCCGUGGAGGGUAGCAAGCAAAUUGUGGAUUUGCAUUAAAGAUGCUUGGAACCAGGCAUGUUGA